GAUUAAUACAAACUCGACGUGAUAGCAAAUCGAACUCAGAGCUCGAUCUCUUUUUUUUUUCUUAUAGUAUUCAUUUCGCUCCUUUGUUGCUCUGAUUCGACUCUGUUUUGAAACAGAGACAACGACGAUGGAACUUGAGGAGCAAGAAAGAGACAUAUUGUUUCCGACAGAUGACGAGGAAUGCCAAGUUGAUGUCUCCUGCGAUGACGAAGACGAUGAUUCUAGUUCAUAUUCUUCAUUAUCUCAGAACGAUUCAGCUCCAUGGCCUCGGAGUUAUCGACAAUCUGUGGAUAUCUUGACCGGAGUUACACCUCCUACAAUCAGUUUCAUUCACCGGAGAAGUUCUCAGACAUCAUUCACCAGUUCUGUCGCUUCCUUAUACAAGAGACGUCCAACCUCUAUUGCAAAUUCGUUUGCGUCUUCCACAAGCAAACAACCGCUGCUCUCUGAGAAAGACGAUGUAUUAUUCCUUUCAUCUCAGAUCGGGUUAUCCAACACCGAUCUCUCGUAUGGAGAACCAAAUUUCUGCUCGUUUCCUCAAUCUGUUCUAAAUGGAAUCAAUGUCCUUUGUGGAAUAAGUCUACUCACAAUGCCUUACGCGGUGAAAGAAGGAGGAUGGCUCGGGCUUUGUAUACUCUUAUCCUUUGCUAUCAUCACUUGCUACACCGGUAUCCUCCUCAAACGAUGUCUUGAGAGCUCUUCUGAUCUCCGUACCUACCCGGACAUUGGUCAAGCUGCCUUUGGAUUUACCGGCCGCCUCAUCAUCUCCAUACUUUUGUACAUGGAGUUAUACGUAUGUUGUGUGGAGUAUAUAAUCAUGAUGAGCGAUAAUUUAUCGAGAGUUUUCCCCAACAUUACAUUAAACAUCGUUGGAGUAUCUCUAGAUUCUCCUCAGAUCUUUGCUAUAUCAGCUACUCUUAUUGUUCUUCCUACAGUUUGGCUCAAAGACCUUAGCUUACUCUCCUAUCUCUCAGCCGGAGGAGUCUUUGUUUCGAUCUUGCUUGCUCUUUGUCUCUUCUGGGUUGGGUCGGUUGAUGGAGUCGGGUUUCACACGGGUGGAAAAUCUCUUGAUCUCGCUAACUUACCCGUCGCUAUUGGGAUAUUCGGGUUUGGGUUCAGUGGUCACGCAGUUUUACCCAGCAUUUACUCUUCCAUGAAAGAACCAUCCAAGUUUCCUUUGGUGCUUCUCAUUAGUUUUGGUUUCUGCGUAUUCUUUUACAUUGUCGUAGCGAUUUGCGGCUACAGUAUGUUUGGUGAGGCCAUUCAAUCACAGUUUACACUAAACAUGCCACAGCAGUACACAGCAUCUAAAAUCGCAGUUUGGACAGCGGUGGUAGUACCGAUGACCAAAUACGCGUUAGCUCUCACACCAAUUGUGCUAGGUCUAGAAGAACUUAUGCUGCCAUCAGAGAAGAUGAGAUCGUAUGGAGUAUCUAUCUUUAUUAAAACGAUUUUAGUUCUCUCUACUUUGGUUGUCGCACUUACAUUCCCAUUCUUCGCGAUCAUGGGGGCUUUGAUGGGAUCAUUCCUCGCAAUGCUUGUCGAUUUUAUCUUUCCUUGUCUUUGUUAUCUCAGUAUCUUGAAGGGUAGAUUGAGUAAGACUCAAAUUGGAAUAUGCGUAUUCAUCAUAAUCUCUGGCAUUGUAAGCGGUUGCUGCGGGACGUACUCCGCCAUUGGAAGAUUAGUAGGAAAACUGGAUUGAUGGUAGAAUAGUGAACAAUGAAACAACAUAGAAUUGUGAAACAAUAAGAGAUUUUCUUUAAUAAAAGUUCUAUCAAAUACGUAAUCAAGUUUUGUGAAAC